CCGGGGACACUAGCUGUGGAUGUGCGGAGUCUGGAAGGAUAUCUGUGGCUGAGACAAGUCAGGGCUGGUGGCAUUCACCUACUAUGACCGUGCUGCCUCGCAGAUCUUGGACGAGCAUGGUAAUGUGAAAUUCUGCAUCGAUGCUAGGCAACCAGAUGUGGGCAACUGGCUGAAAUUUAUCCGAUUUGCUGGCUAUUACCAUCAGCAUAAUUUGGUGGCUCAUCAGCUCAAUGAUCAGUUAUUCUACAGGGUUGUAGCUGACAUUGAGCCAGGCGAAGAGCUCUUAUUGUUUAUGAAGAGCGAAGAUUAUACACAUGCAACAAUGGCUCCUGACAUUCAUGAGGAGUGUCAGUAUCGUUGUGAAGAAUGUGAUCAGCUGUUUGAGUCAAAUGACGAACUGAACGACCACCAGAAGUUUCCCUGCCAUAUGCCCCACUCAGCAUUUUCUCUAGUAGAUGAUAACUUUCAGCAGAAUCUAAAUGAAGACAAUGACCUCAUUGAGAUCCAGCACUCCCAUGAGUGUAAAGAAUGUGAUCAAAUCUUCCCAGACAUGCAAAGCCUGGACAAGCACUUACUGUCCCACACAGAGGAGAGGGAGUACAAAUGUGACCAGUGCCCCAAAGCCUUUAACUGGAAGUCUAACUUGAUUCGCCAUCAAAUGUCACAUGAUACUGGAAAGCACUAUGAAUGUGAAAACUGCUCCAAGCAGGUUUUCACUGAUCCCAGCAACCUCCAAAGGCACAUACGGUCCCAGCAUGUUGGUGCUCGGGCCCACGCCUGUUCAGAGUGUGGUAAAACGUUUGCAACUUCAUCAGGUCUGAAGCAACACAAGCACAUCCACAGUAGUGUAAAGCCCUUUGUAUGUGAAGUGUGCCACAAGUCUUACACUCAGUUUUCGAAUCUUUGCCGACACAAACGUAUGCAUGCGGACUGCAGGACUCAAAUCAAAUGCAAAGACUGUGGACAAAUGUUCAGCACGACAUCAUCACUUAAUAAGCACAGACGAUUUUGUGAAGGGAAGAAUCACUUUGCUGCUGGAGGGUUAUUUGGUCAAGGGAUUUCACUUCCAGGGGCUCCAUCUUUGGACAAAGCUUCUAUGAUCAGUAUGAACCAUGCAAACCCAGGGCUUGCUGAUUAUUUUGGUGCUAGUCGGCAUACUGCUGGCCUUACAUUUCCAACAGCUCCUGGAUUCUCUUUUGGUUUCCCUGGUCUUUUCCCCUCAGGUCUAUAUCAUAGGCCUCCUCUAAUCAAUGCCAGCUCCCCAGUUAAAGGACUUCCCAGUGUUAACCAGGUUAACAAGAAUCCCAAUAUGAACAGACCUCAGGUCUUACCAGCGACACAGGACAUUUUGAAAACACUGAGUAAACACCCAUCUCUGUGUGAUUCAAAAUCCACAGGAUUCCUAGGAGAAAAUAAUGCUGACCAAAGGCUGCAUGACAAAACCAGUGACCAGUCAGAGAGCAGUGACCUUGAUGAUGUCAGCACGCCAAGUGGUAGUGACUUGGAGACCACUUCUGGCUCUGAUCUUGAAAGUGAUGUUGAAAGUGAUAAGGAGAAAAUCAAAGAAAAUGGCAAAAUAUAUCAGGAGACAAUGAGCCCACUGCAGAAUCUUGCUGCACUAAACAGCAAGAGAGAUUACAACAGCCAUUCUGUUUUCUCACCAUGUUUAGAGGAACAGACUGCCGUGUCUGGAGCUGUGAAUGACUCCAUAAAAGCUAUCGCCUCUAUUGCUGAAAAGUACUUUGGAUCAACAGGACUUGUAGGCCUACCAGAUAAAAAAGGUGGAUCUUUACCUUACCCAUCUAUGUUUCCCCUUCCUUUUUUUCCAGCAUUUUCCCAAUCAGUAUACCCAUUUCCAGAGAGAGAUGUAAGACCUCCCCCUCUUAAAGUGGAACCAGAGUCUCCAAAAGAAAUAAAGAAAGUGCAAAAGAGUAAUACAGAGUCUCCAUUUGAUCUUACCGUGAAGCGUAAGGAGGAAAAAACGGUACCAAAUGUACCCUCAAAGCCACUAAACCCAGUGUCUGCUAGUCCCGAUCAGCCUUUAGACUUGAGUAUGGGAAGUAGAAGUCGAGCUGUGCCAACAAAACAAGCAGAGCCAUCCAGAAAGAACCAUACAUUUGGAGACAAAAAAGAUUUUGAUGUAGAUCAAGCAAAACAUUCUGAUCACUGUUUGCAACAUGCCAGACCUGUACCUUUCUUCAUGGAUCCUAUCUACAGGGUAGAAAAAAGAAAAUUAUUAGAUCCUCUUGAAAUUCUUAAACAAAAGUAUUUAAGGCCUUCUCCUGGAUUCCUAUUCCAUCCACAGUUCCCUAUGCCUGAUCAAAGAACCUGGAUGUCGGCAAUAGAAAAUAUGGCGGAAAAGCUAGAGAGUUUUAAUGCCCUUAAACCAGAGGCUAGUGAGCUUAUACAAUCUGUUCCUUCCAUGUUUAACUUUCGAACCGCACCAGCUGCCCUUCCAGAAAAUAUCCUUCGAAAAGGAAAAGAACGAUAUACCUGCAGGUACUGUGGGAAAAUUUUCCCAAGAUCUGCGAAUCUAACGCGGCAUCUACGGACUCAUACAGGAGAACAGCCUUACCGAUGCAAAUAUUGUGACCGAUCCUUCAGUAUCUCCUCCAACCUUCAACGACAUGUUCGCAACAUUCACAACAAGGAGAAACCAUUCAAGUGUCACCUAUGUGAUAGAUGUUUUGGUCAGCAAACUAACCUGGAUCGACAUCUAAAAAAGCAUGAGAAUGGAAACCUCUCUGGUACAGCUGCAUCAUCCCCUCACUCAGAGUCUGAAGGCACAGGAGCCAUUCUAGAUGACAAGGAAGAUUCAUAUUUUACAGAAAUUCGAAAUUUUAUUGGCAACAGCAGCAAUAACAAGCAGUCACCUUUAAACUCUGAAGACAGGAUGAAUGGGAGCCAUGAUAAAAUUAUGCUGACUGGUCAGAAUUCUGAUAUCUUGGAUGAUGAUGAGAUAGAGGACGACACUAUUCUAGAUGAAGACGAUGAGGAGAAUGACACUGCAGAGAAAUCACUAAAGGAACAAAAUUCAAGUUUGCUUGAAAACUGCCCUGAAAAUGACUUUGAGGAAGAGAGUAAGGCUGCAUUAAACUGCAAAGUCUCCCCCAACAGGUAUGAUGAUGACGAUUUCAAAACUGGUCUGUCUGCUCUGGACCACAUAAGGCACUUCACAGAUAGUCUUAAGAUGAGAAAAAUGGAUGACAGGCAAUAUAAUGAUGAUGACCUCGCUGCUUUCACUGCUUCUCAAUUGGCAGAGGAGUUAAAACAGCCACUAUAUAGAAAAUCUAAGUCCCAGGCAUAUGCUAUGAUGCUGUCUCUAUCAGACCAGGAACCACUGCAUAGCGCAACCCACAAUUCCCCCAGCAUGUGGCACAACAUGGCAAGGGCAGCUGCCGAAUCCACUGCUCUACACUCCAUGAGUCAUGUAUGACAUAGCGACGGUACCUCCUUGGGACCAAGUCCGACAUCUAGCUUGACACUUCCACGUGGGACAUUUUAGGAAGAAAAAGACUGUAGAGCAGGAUGCCUUAUUACCUGCAGGGUCAUCUAAAAGUCUGAUGACCUUAAUUUAAAAAAAAGAAACUAUUUAUUCUCAUUGUUUUGUUUUGCACAGCAAAGGCAGCUGCGGAUUACCAGAGCAAAAAAGGUGGACUACGAAGAUAACGGACUUUGGUGGACGCUGAGUCUUCCAGAUCAUUUUGUGUUAUCCUAACACAUUUACAAGCACUCAAAGAAAAUCCAGAAUCUUUUUUAUACACACUACUUUUAAGUGUGACAUAAUGAGUAGCUUCAACACAGACAAUUUCUAUUACAUAAGCUUCAUGUAUUUAAACAGAAGUAGCUAUUUACAAAUGUACAUUAUCACUUAAUGUAGUAAAAUAACAGGGAAUCAUUUGUUCUUUCCUUAAUUAUGUCUUAAUUACUUUGUGGGGGAAAAGAAAUUAUGUGUAUAUUGUGAAUUUUACAAUGUUCAGUACUCAAAGAGAGCUUAAGUCAUUAAGGGUCAUUUUCACCACUGAUACCACUAAUAUAUCGUACCGUCCAAUGUUUGCCAAAUCAUUGUUUUAACCUUUUUAAUUUUAGACAAUCAUUGUCAGUCAGUGUUUUGACUUUUUACCCAUGUACUUGUAUUUAUUUCUUCUUUUUUCAACUUAUGAUUUUUGGUCAACAUAAGAUAGCACUGUUAUACUUGUUAUGUUGUCAGAGGCACUCACAGAUUUUCCAGUGUCUGGAAAAAAAAUUUCUGUAUGUAUGUGCUGAUUGUUGUAUUUCAAUUUUUUCCCUUCGUUCUGAGAUGAAAAAUAGAUGCAACUUAAUUUUUUGUAAUGCAGUUUUUUUUUGUUCUCUUGUACAAAUUGUUUUAAUUUCUUUCAUGAGCGCAUGAUUCCUCUGAUUAAAAUUGUAUCUGUUAUUUUUUGCUGUUUGUCUGCAAGCUUGUGAGUUGUUAUGUUCCUGUUAAUCCUAUUUGUAAAAUGAAGUGUUCCAAUCCUGUUUAAA